UUCCUCUUUAGAUCUAUUGCACAUACCCAGGAUUGCCAGGCGAUUAUAGCUAACCUGUACUCCUGAAACAUUCCAUAAGCCCUUUGUUUAACUAUACAAGUCUGGGCUUGCUAGGUUUACCUGACCUCGCUCAGCCAACUGGGCGUUAAACAAGAAGCUCCAGGGGUAAAUUGUGUUUCUUUUGUCAAUUAUUCUAUAUGGGACAUUGCCAAGUGCUCUGGAGAUAGGGCGGGCGUGUCGUAACCCAACACUAAAGCUAGUAAAUAUUUCUCUGAUCUUCUGGCUUCUUGUUGGUAAGGCUCUGCUGGUCAUUUGGUGACAGCCAACUUCUCGACGGCCACUGGGAAGACAGCUAUGUAACAAGAUUGAAAUAUAAUGCAAAUGUGAGACAAUAUUUGGAGGGGCAUUUCAUAUAUUAAUCUUCAGAAUGCAGAACGGUGAAGAUAUCUGCACCUUUGCCUCUGAUAACUAUCAUGAAAAGCUACUGGAGAGGAUAUGGCAGUUUCGAUCCAACCGGGACCUUUGUGAUGUAACACUCGAAGCUGAAGGGGUAUUUUUCCCAGCUCAUAAAGUCAUCCUAGCUUCUGCCAGUUCAUAUUGUAAAUUACUGUUUGGGGACUCAAGAUCGGAAAACACCAUCAGACUCAAGGGCGUCAGUGCUAAAGGGCUCCGCAAUGUCCUAGAUUUCAUCUACUCCAGCAAGCUUUCCCUGUCGUUGUCCAAUAUUGAAGAUACUUUAAAAGCAGCAGAAGUCUUGCUGGUUCGAGAGGCGGUAAAGUUGUGUUUCCAGUUUCUAGAGAAUGGUUUAAACCAGGACACAUGUUUGGGCAUCCUAAAUAUUGUCAGAAAACAUGGUCCUGAAGAGCUAAAAGUGAAGGCCAGUGGGUACAUUGGCCAUCACUAUAAACAUAUUCCAGGACAUUCUGGAGAUCUGAACCUAUUAGACAAGGGGACACUCUGUGAAAUACUAGAAAGAGAGGAUGACCCAGGCUGCAGUGAGCUUGAACUGUUCCGUUUGGUAGUUUCAUGGCUACAACAUGACAACUCCAGGCUAAAAGAGGCAGGAGAUGUCCUCAGGCGGAUCCGUUUUCCACUUAUUCCUCUAGAGGAUCUCCAGACAUAUGUAAAAGAGACUUCAAUCAUGAAAACAGACUCCAACUGUUUCAGAUACCUACAAGAAGCUUUAAGAUACCAUUCCCAAGUAUAUGCUCAACCUAUUCUUCACUGUGAAGGUGCAACCAUAAGGUCCAGCACAGAAAGCCUCCUAGUUUUGGGUGGCAGGACAACUGAUAACCAGGUGUGCAGCAGUAUCUGGGUUCAAAAUGAAGAUGGCAGCUCCUGGUCUGAACUUGGACAGAUGUAUGCUCCUGUGUACAAUCACUGUGUCGCUGUCAUCAAUGACUUCCUUUUCAUCAUUGGAGGGCAAACCAUGUUUGACCCCUCAGGCAAACAUCCAUCGAACGAGGUUUUUCGGUUUGAUCCACGCACUGGAACUUGGUUGCAAGCUGCAGCAAUGUUAGAAAGGAGGACACGAUUUCAUACCGAGGUGAUUGGGGAACGCAUUAUUGCUGUAGGUGGAGGAUCUUUAUUGAGUCACCUGAGCCAGAGUGUGGAAGAGUACAACCCUGCAGAAAACAAGUGGGAAUAUACCUCCCCCUUCCCAAUUCCAGUGGCAGAUCAUGCUGGCACUACUCACAAGGGUAUCCUGUACAUUUCAGGGGGUUAUUCCACAAGUAAAACCCUGAACGAGGUGUACAGUUAUUUGCCGAGGCUCAAGCGCUGGGUUGUGAACCGUUCUAUGAUGUACGCUCGAUGUGACCAUGGUAUGGCGGCUAUCGGAGACAAGAUCUUCUGUGUUGGUGGACGCACAUUGAAUGCGGCCAAGGAAUGGAUCCAUGUGAAUGAAACAGAGUUCUACUGUCCCACGGCUGAUCAAUGGAGCUCCCUGAAGCUUUCUCCUUUCGAUUGUUGUCAGUUCAGUAUCAUCACUCACCAGUCUAAGCUCUACAUCACUGGAGGGGGUUCCCUAAGACGCAUGAACAAAGAGGAUGGCAUCUUCGUAUACGACCCAGAGACCAAGGCGUGGAAGAAGACAGGGUCACUGCCUAGGCCUUUGGUAGACCACGCUUCCUGUGCCAUUAAGCUCCCACAUGGAAUAACAGAGAAGCAGGAAGUGAAGGAAGAGGAAAGGCCUUCCACCCCCAACAAGAAGAGAUCAACUCUUAACUUAUUUAUUACUGGCAAAAAAGACACAUAAGAGGCACAUUUAGAGGACUAGUAAUCGACAAAUAUUAUUUCACAUUGUAGUGAUGUAGUAGUGGGAUGUGUAUUUAUACGCACAUAAAAUGUACUACACACAUUAGGGAAAAGAUCAUCCACAAUGUAAAGUUUCCAUACCUGUACACAAAGGAAGAAGGUACACCAGCCUAGUGCAUUACUGUAUAACUGUUUAUUAAAUUGUAAAAAAAAAAAAACAUUGUACUCAUAAAGGGAGAAUAGACACAGGCGUUAAAUUGUACAAGACACUACCAGACGCAUGACCAUCAAAUAGGGCGCAGGCCGCGCAGCUAACCUGUUUCGAAGGCCAUGCUCUAUUCCUAGGAGCUCUGAGUAGGAGGGCAUGGCCCUCGAUACGUGUUAGCUGUGCCCUAUCCGAUGGUCCUGCGUCUGGUGGUGUCUUGUACAAUUUAAUGCCUGUGUCUAUUCUCCAAUGGUUUUUCUCUUUACAAUUUAAUAAACAGUUAUACAGUAAUAGCUGGGUGAAAAUAUGAAUAAAAACCUGAAUAUGUCAGAAUUAUAUCACAAUUAACCA